UUCUCCUGCUCCUUAGCAUGGAUGUUACCCCUCCAAAGGAUGGGAGUCACAGCCAGGAACCCUCCAUCCACCUGAACUGCCCCAUGAGUGAAGAGGCUCAGCCAAGAUGGAGAGCAAUGUGUCCUCCAGGAACUGUACUGGUCCUCAGAUGUCCUUCCAGUCCACCCUGUAUGCCACCACGUACACCCUCAUCUUCAUCCCUGGCCUGCUGGCCAACAGCGCUGCCCUCUGGGUGCUGUGCCGCUUCAUCAGCAAGAAGAGCAAAGCCAUCAUCUUCAUGAUCAACCUGGCCGUGGCCGACCUGGCUCACGUCCUCUCGCUGCCCCUACGGAUGUAUUACUACAUCAACCACAGCUGGCCCUUCGGAAGUUUCCUCUGCCAGGUGUGCUUCUACCUGAAGUACCUCAACAUGUACGCCAGCAUCUGCUUCCUCACCUGCAUCAGCAUCCAGCGGUACCUCUUCCUCCUCCACCCCUUCAGAGCCAAGGACUGGAAGCGGCGGUACGACGCGGCCAUCAGCGCUGCCGUCUGGCUCUUUGUGGGGGCAGCCUGCUUGCCCCUGCUCGUGGUGAGGAGCCCAGCCCUGUCCAACAGCACCAACACCUGCUUCUCAGACCUGGGAGUGAAGCAGCUGAGCCCAGGAGCUUCCAUCGCACUGGUGACGGUGGCGGAGCUGUUUGGGUUCGUCAUCCCCUUCGGCAUCAUUGCCUGCUGCACAUGGAAGAUGUGGCAGUCGCUGCGGGAGUGCCCCAGGCAGCUGCAGAACACCAACGAGAAGCAGAAGGCUCUGCGCAUGGUCUUGAUGUGCGCGGCUGUCUUCUUCAUCUGCUUCACUCCCUACCACAUCAACUUCCCCUUCUUCAUGAUGGUGAUCGAGAACAUCAUCCAGGACUGUGCCGUGCACAGCAGCGCGCUGCGCUUCCACCCCAUCUCCCUCUGCCUGGCCAGCCUCAACUCCUGCCUGGAUCCUGUCCUCUACUACUUUAUGACCUCCGAGUUCCAGGACCAGCUGCUGCGCCACAGCUGCGCGGCCCUGUGCGCUCGCAUCACACGCCGGGGGAGCAGCCUCUCCGUCGCCGAAAUCGGGCACAGCAUCCGUGUGAAGAGGAGGAGCCUUCGGCGCUUCAAGUUCUGGUCCCUUCCCAAGUUCUUCAGCAGGAUAAACAGCAUGGAAAUGCCCCCCGUGCCGCCCGACGAGCUGCUGUUGGAGUCCAUCUCUUGAAGCUAGGCGCUUCUGUCCGCGUAGGUGCUUCUCCCAGCUGGAGUGAAGAUCGUGUUAGGGUUCCAAGUACAUCUUGAGUUACUCUUGUGUGCAGCAGAUGUCAGGAUCUGGCCUAGAAGGACAUUUUGAUGCAGAGAGACUUGCUGGUUGUGGUGGUGGUGCUGCUGGGGACUGUUUCCUUUCAGUGUUCUCCAUCGUGAUGUGGGUGAAACAGCUGAAGUAGCUCUUUCUGUUUCAG